AUGGCGUCCGGCUACGACCGCGCCCUCUCCGUCUUCUCGCCCGAUGGCCACGUCUUCCAAGUCGAAUACGCCCUCGAAGCCGUCAAGCGCGGCACCUGCGCCGUCGCCGUCAAAGGCACCGCCCCAGACUCGCAAGUCGUCGUGCUAGGCUGCGAGAAGCGCUCGGCCCUGAAGCUGCAAGACACCCGCAUCACGCCCUCCAAGAUCUCCAUGGUCGACACCCACGUCUGCCUCGCCUUUGCGGGACUCAACGCCGACGCACGGAUUCUGGUCGAUAAGGCGCGGUUGGAGGCUCAGAGCCAUCGGUUGACGGUCGAGGAUCCUGUUAGUAUCGAGUAUAUCACCAAGUACGUGGCUGGGGUGCAGCAGCGGUACACGCAGAGUGGAGGUGUGCGGCCUUUUGGCAUCAGCACAUUGAUUGUGGGUUUCGAUCCGGGAAGCAGCGAGGCGAGACUCUAUCAGACCGAGCCAUCAGGUAUCUACAGCGCAUGGAAAGCCAACGCCAUCGGCCGCUCCUCCAAAACCGUCCGCGAAUUCCUCGAACGCAACCACAAAGACUCCAUGACCCGCGACGAAACCAUCGAACUGACCAUCAAAUCCCUCCUCGAAGUCGUCCAGACCGGCGCCAAAAACAUCGAAAUCGCCAUCAUGGCCCCGGGCAAGACGGUCGAGAUGCUGCCCGGUGAGGACAUCGAGAAGAUCGUCGAGAAGAUCAACAGCGAGAAGGAUGCUCAGGCGGAGGCGAGCGCGAGCAGAAGAGGUGGGCAGAGAGCGGCGGCUGGUGAUGCGGCGGCUAAUGCGCAGGGCCCGGAGCAGGUGCUUGCGCAGAGGCCGGCGGGCGAGGGCAGUGGUGCGCCUCCGGAGUAG